GAGGGUUGUUUUUCUGGAUCCUUUUCUCAUAAUUACUCGUUCACCUAUUACAUUUGUAGACAUACAGAUUAUAGUGUAUACAUACCUGUUAACAGUGUAGACGGAAACAAAAAUAUACAUCAAUACCACUGUAUAUUUCUCUGUCACUUCCCGUUUAAUUUUUGCAUUGGAAGAAGAAGAAGAAGAACAGGAAUAGAAAAUGGCCACACCUGAGCCGCCAUUUAAAGUCAAGACAACGGUGUCAUGGGCCGGAGAAGAAGAGGGAGAUUUGGGGUUUCUCGAGAAUGAAAUCGUUGAAGUUUACUCGGUUGUGGAUGAGAGCUGGUGGAGUGGUAAGCUCAGAAGAAAUGGAGCCGAGGGGAUUUUCCCCCGUGAUUAUGUACGUCUUUACGAAGAUCCAUAUGGAGCCAGUAAUAUCAAUUCAUCAUUCACUUCCAAUGGGAAUUCCAAUACCCCCAGUGGGCCUAGCACCCCUGUAAAGGAGAAAAUCAUUGGGAAUGGACUCUCAAAACUGCCGGGAAUGUUCCAUCGAUCCCCUGGAAAUGGACAAACCAUGACUGAUCAUUAUCAUCAAAGUGAGAUUUUACAUCUUCAACAACGAGAACUUGAAAUUGAAAGGUUUAAGAAAUUGAAACAACAACAACAAUAUCAGAUCAAGAAGAUUCAAGAGCAAAAGCAAAAGAGAAUGUCCAUGCAACUGAAGACUUCAGAACCAAGCUCCCCCAUGAUAACCAGUAGAGGUCCUGGAUCUCCAUCCAAGAUGAAACAUUCUCAUUCGGCACAAAAUUUCAAGCAUUCAGAAUAUAAUACUCAUGGACAACUGCCAUACACUAGAGGUACCCUGCCCGAGGGUAAAGUCAUGCAUUCAAAUAUUGAUCUUUCCAUGCAACCAAAGUUCCAGCCACACUUAUCUCAUCGUCACACCGCUGAGGUGCUUGCCCCUGAACCAAGCUCUCCCGCGGGGAGAUAUAGUGCAUAUGAUGAGAUAGAAGUUGAUGAAAUCACCAUGAAAAGGAAGCAACUUGAAAAGGAAUUGCAUCAAUUGAGACUCAUUGAAAAGAAUAGAAAACUGCAAUAUGGUCUUUCACGUAUUGCCAAGGGUAUCUCACCAUCGGAUGAAUCAUCAUCAGGUUACGUGAGUGAAGAUAUGUUGUCGUCAAAGAAGAAUUAUCGAGAAGAUCUUGGCAGUAAGCUCAGUAAAGAUGAGUAUCAUGAGGAUGAUGUUGAAGAAUUAGAUUAUAUUGAAGAACAUGAAAGAUCAGUAUCUCCUCCUCCACCACCACCCAAACAUGCCACUCCACUCAAGGCUAUCCCAGGUGGAGGUGUCAUACACCCUUAUGAUGCCGAUGACUUUAAGUUUUCAGAUGAAGAAUUACUUAGACUUUCACAAAUGCAACUGGAAGAAUUGAAAAACUCCAUUAAGUCACUUCAAAGUGAUGUUUUAAACUUGUCUGAAUUGAGUGCCACCAGUGCUGGAUCAUUUAUGCGUCAUAAACAUGAGAAGGAAAUCCAAAGUCUGCUUGAACAACUGUUGGGCCGUGUCCAAAUUCAAGACAAUGAAGCUAAUAACAAGGAGCUUAUCGAUUCAAUUUUCCAGGAUAAAAAGUCAAGACAUCCAAAUAUUUUCAAGAAAUUAUUACAUCAAAAGAAGAAAUCCAAUACAUCAGAAGAUCUGAAAUUACUGUCACUCAACAAGGAAGACCCAUUGGAGAACGAUGAGAUCCAUUGGACGACUUUCAAGUCCGAUAUGAACCGGAUGAACUCACUUACCACCCAAUCCAAACAGGCAAGAACCAAGAGAAUCGUAAGGAAAGAAGGAUCUCUUAUUGUAAAGCCAUUGGAAUUUGUUUCUGAGAUCAAUUCAAAUGAAGUUGUAGGAGAAGCAGAUGAAGAAGAAUGGGAAAGUCUUCAAAGACAAGUAUCACAUCGUCGGGUGGACUCGUUUGUAGCCAAGUAUGACAUUUCAUGUGAUUUGAAUGAAUUCAUUGCCGAUGUUGCUGUCAAGCUUGGCAACUCUAAAGUUUAUCAAAUUAGAGCUGUGUUACUUCAACUUUGUAAAUUACAUAUUAUCGAAGAAGAUCCAUCAUUGAAAAUCCUGCAAGUUAAGCCAAAACUUCAUGAAAUUAGUUCCAAGGGUGAAGCAAGUAUAUACCAAGUCAACUAUCUAUUCAAGAAAAUGUUGGAUGCCUUGAGAAUUCCAUCUGAAAUUGUUAUGGGAUUUUGGAAACGUCCAAAUGAAUUUUAUCAUAAUGAACAAUAUGUGAUCAAUCAUUGUUGGUUAUCCAUUCUUCUUGAUGAUCAUUUUUUCAUUAUGGACUUGCUUAGUUUCAAAAAUGGAGAUAUUUGUAACAUUAGAGAUCAUAAACUUGGAUUUAAUGAACAUUAUUUCCUUGCUCGUCCAUUGAAUAUGGUUUCAACUCAUAUCCCCUCCAUCAUUGAUUUACAACACGUUGUUCCCCCCAUUGACCAAAACAUUGCCUUUUACCUUCCAAGAAUGUACCUGGGGUUCUAUCGAAACCAAUUGAAGUUUAGAAACUUCAACAACGCUCUUACAAGACUUACAGAUUUGGAGUUUUUCGAAUUGGAAUUAGAAAUUCCUUGUGAUGUUGAACUUUUUGCAUUAAUUAAAACCGCACAACUCACCACCAAUGAACUCAGUCUUUGUCAAGUGUAUUGGUCCAAUGGCAAGAGAAUUGCCAAGAUCAAGGCCAUUCUCCCUGAAAAUGAGUCAAUUGGAGUGUUGCAACUCUUCUCGGGUCCAAAGGGACUUCAAAAGCAUUUUGAAAAUAUUCAUGAACUUUCGGUGGUUAUCCCAUUAUAUCAUUCUGGUAGUUAUAAACCAUGUAAAUUUGUGCCUCGGUUCCCCACAGUGCAAAGUCAAACCAACGACUUGUAUAUCAAACAACCACAAACCAGCAAGGUCAUUGCUAGAAACUCAUACAACUUUGAGAUCAUGCAACAUCCAUCUCAAGGCUUGAAUAGUGGAUCAGGAAUUAUAAAUCAAGAUUUUAAAUUGGUGAUUGAAUCUCCAUCUGGUAAAUAUUUCAAGCUUCAAGCCACCGAACCAGGGAAACCAUUUAGUACCUACGAAUGCAACAUCAAACUCACAGAAACGGGCCAUUAUCGUGGGUUGGUGAUUGGCGACAGUGGCAACAGUUGGUAUGUGUUCGCCCAAUGGGAUUGUGUGGCUGGAGUUAUUUCCAACUAAUCAUAAUACAAUAACAUAUGAAAUAGACAGUCUAGUCAUUCAAUAAUGUCUACAAUAUUAAACAAAUUAUAAAUAUGCAAAUAGCAUUCUUAAAUAUACAGC